UUCCCCAGCAGACUCAUCCACAACAUGGAAUCAGAAAGCCAAACAGGCGUAGGAGAAUUUCUCCUCUUGGGCCUCUCAGAGGAUCCAGAACUGCAGCCCCUCUUCUUUGGUCUAUUCCUGACCAUGUACCUGGUCACUGUGCUUGGGAACCUGUUCAUCACCCUCGCCGUCAGUUCUGACUCUCACCUCCACACCCCCAUGUACUUCUCCCUCUCCCACCUGCCCUUCACUGACAUCAGUUUCAGCACCACCACAGUCCUCAAGAUGCUAGUGAACCUCCAGACACAAAGCAAAUCCAUCACGUAUGCAGGGUGCCUAGCUCAGAUUGGCUUUGUCCUGGUUUUUGUUGGUUUAGAAAAUUUUCUCCUUGCGGCAAUGGCCUAUGACCGUUAUGUGGCCAUUUGUCACCCCCUGAGGUACACGGUCCUCAUCAUCCCCCGAUUCUGUGUUCUGCUGAUUCUGCUCUCACUUUUCAUCAGCACAGUGCUUGGCCUGCUCCUCAGUCUGAUGGUAUUGCGGCUGUCCUUCUGCAAGGACCUGGAAAUCCCUCACUUCUUCUGUGAACUUGCUCAGGUCAUCAAGCUGGCCUGUUCCGAUACCCUCAUGAAUAACAUCUUGAUAUAUACCGUGGCUAGCCUGUUUUGUGGCGUUCCCCUCUCUGGGAUCAUUUUUUCUUAUACUCAAAUUGUCCCUUUUGUUUUGAGAAUGCCAUCAGCAGGGACAAAGCUUAAAGCUUUUUCCACCUGUGGGUCUCACCUUGCAGUUGUGUCCUUAUUCUAUGGGACACUUUUUGGAGUUUACAUUAGUUCUGUGGUUACUGACUCACCCAGGAAGACUGCAGUGGCUUCAGUUAUGUACAUUGUAGUUCCUCAGAUGAUGAACCCUUUUAUCUACAGCCUGAGAAACAAGGACAUGAAGAGAGCCUUGAGGAAACUUAUUAGUACGAUACCUUCUUUCCCGUGA